CAAAACUCCCUCUUGAUUCAUUUGCCUUUCCUAUCCCUAAAAGUGCUUCCUUUAAUUUUAUCCAUUUGGGUCCUACAGGACCGCAGCACCUACACUUUUCUCCUCUUUCUCUAGAAAAUAAAAAUUAAAAAUGAAAGAUUGAGGAUUCUCUCUUCCACCUCCUCUUUUGUCGAAUCUAUCUUUUUAAGCCUUUUUACUGGUUUAUAUCUUUCUCCUUCAGAUUAGAUAUUUUCUUCCCGAUUUUCUUUCUCAUCUCCACGCCCCCCUUUCUUUUCUCAGAUAUACGGUUGAAUUACACACCAAGAAAAUGAUUUUCAUACGGUUGUUUUGAUUGGGGUUCAGCUUUUUCGAUCUGGGGUUUGAUGUAAUAGGGGAAAUUUUGAGUUUUCUGAAGUGGGUUUUGUAAAUAGAGAUCAAAUUUUUGUUCCUUUCAAGGUGUUUGAUAUUUCGCUUCUGUGAAGUUUUGGGGUCUUUUUUUUUUGAAGGAUCGAUUUGAGCUAUCUGGGUAUUGUUGUUAGAGUCUGAAUUUGGGAAAUUAGAAGUUUUUCUGAAGUGGGUUCUGUAAAUAGAGGUCAAAAUUUUGUUCCAUUUCAAGGCUGGCUUCUUUGAAAUUUUGUUAUUUGUUGUUCCUGAACAAGGAUUGAUUUUGGAUAUCUGGGUGUUGGUGUAGGAAUUUAAAUUUUGUUGGUGUAAGAAUUUAAAUUUUGGGGAAUUUGUGAUUUUAUAAGAGUGAAAUAUUGAUUUGGUUAAGUGGAUUUGGGGUUGGAAAAGAUGAGAAGUGGAAAAGAUGAGGAGAAGAGUGUAGGACCUUUGUUUCCAAGACUACAUGUAAAUGACACAGAGAAAGGAGGACCAAGGGCACCACCAAGGAACAAGAUGGCUUUAUAUGAACAACUUAGUAUUCCAUCUCAAAGGUUCAAUUCUGGUUCAGGUUCUACAUUGCCUUUACCACCUAGUAAUACAGUUUCUUCUGCCUCAGCUUCCAUGAGCCAGGGGGGUGGGCAUGAAAGGACCGUGUUUUCACCAUAUUACAUCCCUCCGCCUACACCUCAUCACUUUGCUGAGGAGAUUCAUUCUCGCUCCUCUGAUUGUGUGAAUCAUAAAACCAUGACACGGGAUUCAGAACAGAAAUCCACAGAUAAUGCAAAUUAUCGAAAACCAAAUGCUGAAAGCAGUUCAUUUCGCACACGCUACUUCCCUAACUCAAAGACCACUCACCCGAACAGGGCUGGUGAUGAGGAUGAUUUUAUGGUUCCAACGUUUGCUCAGCCAAAAAUGAAUACUGGUACCACCAAACCUCAGCAAAAUGUGGAACAGGAAAUGCUUAUUCCCUUUAAUGCAGUUAACAAUACGGGAAGGGUUGUAUCUGGUACUUGUGUUUCUUCAUCGCAACUUCAUAAUGCUGGGGAUAAACAUCUGAAACGACCAAAUACUACGGACUUGAGGUCAAGACAAAGUUCUAGGAACCAGGAUGAAGAGAACCUGGCAGAAUCUAUCACCAGUAGGGACUUUCAGGAGAAGAGUACAUCACAUGCAUCAGCUGGAGAAAGGAUCUCACAUCACAGGAAGUAUGUGUGUGCAUCAUCAGACUCCAGACAUCAAAAUAUUUCAGGUAACGGUUUAGGAAGAUCAGAGGAUGUCAAUACACAACUACAUCAAGGGCAUUCUGACGGUGGUGUGGAAGAGAUUAAUGUCUCAAGGAUUAGAAGUGAACCAUGUUCCAGAGCCUCUGUUGGAAACAGUCAUAAAAACUCCAAUAAAUGCGAUGAAGACAAAAUGCACAGUAUAUCACAAGGGAGAGAUGCAGACAGAAAUGAUGAUGUCUCCGAGACUUCUAUUCUGGAUUCUGUAUCGAGUUUGGACAUAUCUCCUGAUGAUGUUGUUGGUGUAAUAGGUCAGAAGCAAUUUUGGAAAGCAAGAAAAGAGAUUGCCAAUCAGCAAAGGGUGUUCUCUGUUCAAGUAUUUGAGUUGCAUAGAUUGAUAAAGGUACAGAAAUUGUUUGCUGGAUCCCCACAUCUGUUGCUUGAGGAAAAUUCUUAUUUAGUCAAGCCUUCUUUUAAGGAAUCACCUGUGAAGAAGCUGCAUCCGAAGUAUGUCGUGAAACCUAUUCCAGCAAUCGCGAAGCAGAAAGACCAUUCUUCGAGACCUAGCAGGAUUACUGAGUGCUCGGCCGAGAAUGCUGUUGAAAAACCUAAUCUUCCUUCAGUCAACGAUGGGACUGACAGAAGAAAUGGUAACCAACAUCCAGUUUACGCCCCAUAUUCUGAAAACCCACCGCCAACACCGCCUCCUCCACCUCCUCCUAAUAAUAAUCAGGGUUGGUGCUUCCCACCACCAGGAAAUCAGUGGCUGGUCCCCAUAAUGUCCCCUUCCGAAGGACUUGUUUACAAGCCCUACUCAGGGCCAUGUCCUCCAGCUGCUGGUUUCAUGACACCGUUUUAUGGCGGUUGUGGUCCUACGAGCUUACCUCCUAUUGCAGGAGACUACUUAAAUCCAGCUUAUCAAUAUCCAGCUCCACACCCACAACAGAUAGGUCAUCAUCCUGCGGCUCCUGUUCCACCAACUUAUUUUCCUCCUUACGGGAUGCCUGUCAUGAAUCCAGUUAUGUCUGCCUCAGCUGUUGAACAAGUGGGUCCAUCAACUGAACAGUUAUCGACUGGAGAGUUCAAUGCUAACAUGCAAUCUCGAAACUCAUGCAACAUGUCAAGGAACCAAAGAAGUGAAGCAGUUGUGUCUCGUCGUUUAUCUAAAUUUCAAGCAUCCAAAGACAGUGAAUUACAAGGGAGUACAGGAAGUAGUCCCGCAGAAAGAGCACAACGAACGGUUGCAACAGGUAACAUUUCUGGAAAGUUGGAUGCUCUUCCACUUUUUCCUACUGCUCCUGCUGCUCAGAAUGUAGAUGUAGUACCACAGCUCAACAACAAUGACAAGCAAUGUUCACGUGUUAUUAAAGUUGUUCCUCACAAUCCUAGAUCUGCAAAUGAAUCAGCUGCUAGGAUUUUUAGGUCGAUACAAGAAGGAAGACAACAGUUUGAUUCACCGUAGAUGAAUUUGCUCACUCACUAGGUUUAGUAUUUCUGAUGAUAUACUGCUCGCCUCGCCUUGUAUCUUAACUUGACCUUAUCACUUAUCACUAUAUUAUCGAGUGUUUUGAUGUGCCUUUUCUUGUAACUGGGUUUCGCCUUGGCAACCUUGUUGUAUGUAAAUAUAUUUCUGGAAGAUAUUUUAAAAAGUUUUCCUCUUGGAACA